CCGCGCGGCUCGCUGUUCGUCUGACGUGUAGCAGAGUUGGUGUAGUGUUGACGUGUCUCUAAAGCGCUCUCCUCCCUUCAGCUCUCUCGCUUCUCCCUUUCUCUUUCACCGGGCGGCGGAGCGCACCGGCAGCGCUGGACUAUCCGUUUACAGCUCACUGGGACUUCAGAUAGUGACCGUGAUUUCAGGAGACCGUCACCAUGGGGAUUAAGUUCUUGGAGGUUAUAAAACCGUUUUGUGCGGUUUUGCCAGAAAUCCAGAAACCGGAAAGAAAGAUCCAGUUCAGAGAAAAAGUGCUAUGGACUGCCAUCACAUUGUUCAUCUUUCUUGUUUGCUGUCAAAUCCCACUGUUUGGGAUCAUGUCUUCAGACUCCGCAGAUCCAUUCUACUGGAUGAGAGUCAUCUUGGCAUCCAACAGAGGUACUCUGAUGGAGUUGGGUAUCUCUCCCAUUGUGACCUCUGGUCUGAUCAUGCAGCUGCUGGCUGGAGCUAAAAUAAUUGAGGUUGGAGACACACCUAAAGACAGAGCACUUUUCAAUGGAGCCCAGAAAUUGUUUGGUAUGAUCAUCACCAUUGGCCAGGCUAUCGUGUACGUGAUGACUGGAAUGUAUGGAGACCCUUCAGAGAUGGGUGCUGGCAUCUGUCUGCUAAUCAUCAUUCAGUUGUUUGUGGCCGGUCUGAUUGUGUUGCUGCUGGAUGAGUUGCUGCAGAAAGGUUACGGUUUGGGCUCUGGUAUCUCUCUCUUCAUCGCUACCAACAUCUGUGAGACAAUCGUAUGGAAGGCGUUCAGCCCAACCACAGUCAACACAGGCAGAGGUACUGAGUUUGAAGGAGCCAUUAUUGCUCUGUUCCACCUGUUGGCCACUCGUACUGAUAAAGUGCGAGCACUGAGAGAGGCCUUCUACAGACAAAACCUGCCCAACCUCAUGAACCUCAUCGCUACAGUCUUCGUCUUUGCUGUGGUCAUAUACUUCCAGGGCUUCAGAGUUGACCUGCCCAUCAAGUCUGCACGUUACCGUGGCCAGUACAACACAUAUCCCAUCAAGCUGUUCUACACCUCCAACAUUCCCAUCAUCCUGCAGUCAGCUCUGGUCUCUAACCUGUACGUCAUUUCUCAGAUGCUCUCCACCCGCUUCAGUGGAAACUUCCUGGUCAACCUAUUGGGGACUUGGUCUGAUACCUCAUCUGGUGGUCCAGCUCGUGCCUACCCUGUAGGCGGUCUUUGUUACUAUCUGUCUCCUCCGGAGUCAUUUGGUUCGGUGCUUGACGACCCAGUCCAUGCAGUGAUCUACAUUGUAUUCAUGCUGGGAUCCUGUGCCUUCUUUUCUAAGACCUGGAUUGAAGUUUCUGGAUCAUCUGCCAAAGAUGUGGCCAAGCAGCUGAAAGAACAGCAGAUGGUGAUGAGGGGACACAGAGAGACAUCCAUGGUUCAUGAACUCAACAGGUACAUCCCUACAGCGGCUGCAUUUGGUGGACUGUGUAUCGGAGGCCUUUCAGUAAUGGCUGACUUCCUGGGCGCCAUCGGCUCUGGAACAGGAAUCCUAUUGGCUGUUACCAUCAUCUAUCAGUACUUUGAAAUAUUUGUUAAGGAACAGAGUGAAGUUGGCAGCAUGGGAGCGCUACUCUUCUAAACAAAGACACUCACAAAACACACACAUACUUGCUGACACCUUAUAAAACACUUUUAUUAUUUUUAUGAUUGUUGUUGUCAUUUUUAUUUUGGCGUGAUUUAAGCAUUUAAAAUGGUCUGUCACAAGUGCUGUCUUGGGUGAACGCUAGUCCCGGCUGAGCAUGUUCUCCUAUCUGUCAGAAGUGGCAAAACGUUUCUAAAAUUCAGUGAUUACGCUGAACUUCAGUGAUGGGACAGUAAAGAUGGACUCUGUGAGCUCUGACUAGGAAUAUUCAGGAGUUUUCCCUUCUCGGUCCGUCUCCACGUGUCACUGAAUCCCUUCAUUCACCCUUAUGUUUAUUUCUUGUCUGAUCCUAGUUAUGCCAGGUAAAAGGAUUUUCCAGAAAGUGAUGCUAAUGUUGAGUGAUUGAUUUGAUUUACUCGACACUGCCAAGUUUGACUCCACACACAAACUGUUUCUUUUACACCUCAGUUUGUCUUAUCGGUCUUGUAUGUGAAGCUUACAGACAUUUAUUUUUCCAAUAAUAGCUGUAAGGCUCAUUCUCACUCUCUCCUCGUACUGUAUUUAAUCAUACAAAACGUGAUGGGUUAGUUAUGGCAAAAGAUCUGUCAGCAGAAUAGCUUGUCAGUUCUAAACAAGGCAACAUUACAACAUGGGAAAUGCAACACAGAGUGUCACCAGUGGCGUGUUUUUUAUUUUUUAUUUUUUUGUGUGUGUGUGUACUCAUUUAUGCUGGAAUCCUUUUGUACAGAACACAUCUUACACAGUAGGCUUCAAGUAUUUUCUGUUUUUGAAAGUGCUUGGUCUGUAGUGAGUUUAGUGGCAGACACAACCGGUUACACCUGAAGUCUGUUUACUUUCAAAAUUAAGCCCUUUUUACUGAAUCAUUGGGUGUCUGUAUAUAUGACAUUUAAUGCCAUGAGCAACCAUGUAAAAUAAGUUUUUUCAUUCUUUUUCUUUUUUUCUUUUUUUUUUUUGAACUAUGUAAAAAGAAAUGUUCUGAACAAAUAUAUUCAGCAAAGACUGAUCAUUCUCAAUAAAAACUCAUUUUUGGGAAAUAA